AACGGUCCUCCUCUCCGGUGGUCCUCUGCUUUCGGAGUCAGCAUCACUCACUCUCCAACCUACAGCAGCACAGGAGUACACACAGUCCGAGGGAGGAACAUGUUGCUGCACAAACUGUUUGUUUGGAUCCUCUCAGUCCUGUGUGGCACUAAGGUGUGUUCGGGGUUCGUCUAUGACCGGCCCAGACGCUCAGGAGAGGACGGGACCUCAUCCAGGACAGACUCUCGCUCCACAUCUCCAUACGUGCCAACCUCCGGCUCCUGCAGGAACAGGUGUUUUGAACUGGCGGAGUUGGAGCCUCCAAGCUGUCGCUGUGAUAACCUGUGUAAAACCUACAACAGCUGCUGCUCCGACUUUGAUCAGCUCUGCCUCAGAACAGAGGGCGGAUAUGAGUGCAGCAAAGAUCGAUGUGGAGAGACUCGAAAUGAGCAACACGCCUGCCACUGCUCUGAGGACUGCUUGGUCAGAGGAGACUGCUGCACCAACUACAAGACGCUGUGCAAAGGCGACUCUUCGUGGCUACACGAUGAGUGUGAGGAGAUCAAGACCGCUGAAUGUCCUGCAGGGUUUGUGCGUCCACCUCUCAUCAUGCUGUCAGUGGAUGGAUUCAGAGCGUCGUACGUGAAGAGAGGAAGCACCGUCAUACCCAACAUCGAGAAACUGAGAACAUGUGGAACCCACGCUCCGUACAUGAGGCCCGUUUACCCCACAAAGACCUUCCCCAACCUCUACUCACUGGCGACGGGUCUCUACCCAGAGUCUCACGGCAUCAUUGGAAACUCCAUGUAUGACCCGGCGUUCGAAGCCACCUUCACCCUGAGAGGUCGAGAGAAACUGAAUCAUCGCUGGUGGGGCGGACAGCCGAUCUGGAUCACGGCACAGAAACAGGGCGUGAAGGCGGCCACCUUCUUCUGGCCCGUUGUUAUCCCACUGGAGAGGCGGAUACUGACCAUGCUGCAGUGGCUGCAUCUCCCUGAAGGAGAGAGGCCGUACGUUUACGCCAUGCACUCUGAACAACCGGACACGUACGGACACAAAAUGGGGCCGAUGAGCGUUGAGCUCAACAACCCUCUGAGGGUGAUCGACAGAAUAGUCGGUCAGCUGAUGAAUGGACUCAAACAGAUGAAACUGCACCGCUGUGUCAACAUCAUCCUGGUGGGGGACCAUGGUAUGGAGGAGGCUCACUGCGACCGCACAGAGUUCCUCAGCAACUACUUGACCAACGUUGACGAAAUCAUCCUCACUCCUGGGUCUCUGGGUCGAAUACGCCCGAGGAACCCCAACAACACUAAAUAUGAUCCAAAGGCUGUGGUUGAAAAUCUGACAUGUAAGAAGACAGACCAGCACUUUAAGCCGUAUUUGAAGCAGCACCUGCCGAAGAGACUGCACUAUGCCAAUAACCGCCGCAUCGAAGACAUUCACCUGCUGGUGGAGAGGAAGUGGCACGUCGCCAGGAGAGUUCCUGAAGGAAGGAGGCACUGUGGCUUCUCUGGUGACCACGGAUAUGACAACAAGAUCAACAGCAUGCAGACUAUCUUCCUCGGGUAUGGACCCACAUUUAAGUUCAAGACCAAAGUACCAGCUUUCGAAAACAUUGAGCUUUACAACAUCAUGUGUGAUCUCAUCGGUCUGAAACCCGCUCCCAAUAAUGGGACCCACGGCAGUCUGAACCACCUGCUGAGAGGCCCCUCUUACAGACCCACCAUGCCAGAGGAGGUUUCCAGACCAGCAGUCUCUGGUCUUGUUCCUGCGGGGGCAGACGACCUGGGCUGCAACUGUGACGAUAAGAACAAAGUGGAGGAGCUAAACCAGCGACUGAGGCAAGCUAUGGAUGACAGCAGGAACCUCCCUCACGGUCGACCUGCCGUGCUUUUCCGUACCAAAUACUCCAUCCUCCACCACAGUGACUACAUCAGCGGCUACAGCGAGGCUCUCUCUAUGCCUCUCUGGACGUCAUACACAGUCAGCAGACAGGUAGAAGUAUCCCCUCUGCCUGAAGCUCUGUCUAACUGUGUGAGACCUGACACCAGAGUCCCUCCCGCCUACAGUCAGUCCUGCACCAACUACAGAGCAGACAAACAGAUCAGCUACGCCUUCCUCUACCCGCCACAGUUGUCGUCAGCCAUCGAUAAAAAAUAUGAUGCUGUUCUCAUCACCAACACCGUCCCCAUGUAUCCAGCUUUCAAGAGAAUCUGGUUAUACUUCCAGAGAGCACUGGUGAAGAAAUACUCCACUGAGAGAAAUGGGCUGAACGUGCUAAUUGGACCGAUAUUUGACUACGACUACGACGGUGUCAGAGACUCAGCUGAGAAGAUAAGAGAGUACGUCAGUGGUAUGAUCCCCAUCCCAACGCACUACUUUGUGGUCCUGACUAGCUGCCUGGACUUCACACAAGCUGCAGACUCAUGCAGCGGCCCGCUUAGCAGUGCUGCCUUCAUUCUACCUCACAGAGCCACCAACGACGAGACCUGCAACAGCUCAGAGGAGGAGUCUCGCUGGG